AUGGAAAAACCUACUGUUACUGAGCAACCCCCACCAUACUCUGCAGCUGUUCCGCCAGGACAGCAACAUUCAUAUCCACCACCGCCGCCACAACCGCAACCACAACCACAGGGCGCAUUUCCUCCACCACCUCCUGGAUACACCCCCUAUGGUACUAUCCCUCAAGCUACAGCAUUCGUUCCAAACUAUGGAGCUACCAACGUAAUAAUACCACCCACGAUAAUAGCGGUAGGGGCUUGCCCAGCUUGUAGAGUUGGCAUCCUUGAAGACGACUUCACAUGUCUUGGCAUUUUAUGUGCUAUUCUUUUCUUCCCAAUUGGAAUUUUAUGCUGUCUUGCUCUUAAAAACCGUAGAUGUUCGAACUGCGGUGCUAUGUUUGCA